GUUUAAGGGUUUUUCUCUCUUAGGGUUUCCCUUCUCUCCAAAAUUCUCAAUCGCAAAGAUCUCUUUUCAAUUGAUGCGACUUCUGCAUCCCAAUUCCUCUGACCCAGAUUCAAAGAAAUGACUAUGGAAGCUCGAGUCGGUGUAGUAGUUGAAGGAGGACAGAGGGCUCUUCACACAGCCACCGCCGUUAAUAACACCGUCGCAGACGCCGCCGGAAACAGGAAACUUUUACAGCAACAACAACCUCAAACAUGCCAACAGCAAAGUAGUAAACCGUCGCUGAAUCAGAAACAGGGCGGAUCCAUUUCUCAUCUCGUCGCCGGCGGAAUCUCCGGCGCUUUCGCUAAGACCUGCACCGCUCCUCUCGCUCGUCUCACCAUCUUGUUUCAGAUACAAGGGAUGCAAUCGGAGACUGCGAUUUUGAGUAGUCCUAGCAUUUGGCGUGAAGCGUCACGUAUUGUUAAUGAGGAAGGUUUUAGAGCUUUCUGGAAAGGAAACUUGGUUACUGUUGCUCAUCGGGUUCCUUAUUCUGCAGUUAACUUCUACGCUUAUGAAGAAUACAAUACUCUAUUUUACUCGAAUCCAGUGUUGAAGAGGUAUAAAGGAAAUGCAAGUUUGGAUGUUUUAGUGCAUUUUGUAAGUGGUGGCUUAGCUGGGAUGACAGCUGCUUCAGCUACUUACCCUCUUGAUCUUGUUAGGACACGACUUUCUGCUCAGAGAAGCUCAAUGUAUUAUCAGGGUGUUGGGCAUGCUUUCCGUACCAUUUGUAGAGAAGAGGGGUUUUGGGGUCUAUAUAAAGGACUUGGUGCAACUUUGUUGGGUGUUGGUCCGAGCCUUGCAAUCAGCUUCUCAGCAUAUAACUCUCUUAGAACAUCAUGGCUAUCUCAUAGGCCUAAUGAUUCAGAAGUUAUGGUUAGUCUUAGCUGUGGCAGUCUCUCUGGAAUUGCUUCCUCAACAGCGACAUUCCCGGUGGACCUGGUGAGAAGAAGAAUGCAGUUAGAAGGAGCUGGUGGGCGAGCUCGAGUUUAUAAAACGGGUCUCCUUGGAACAUUCAAACAUAUAUUUAAAGCAGAAGGGAUGAGAGGGCUAUACAGAGGAAUCUUACCAGAAUACUACAAAGUGGCUCCUGGUGUUGGCAUUGCCUUCAUGGCAUAUGAGAAACUGAAGAAGCUAUUAUCCCCUGUCCCGAAUUAGCAGUCUCACACGCUCUAGUGUAAGGUGCUUGAUAGAGUUUGGAGAAGAUGAAACAGAUAGUCUUUGAUGGUAGUUUUUUCUUUUUACUUUCCAGUGUAUAGUAGAUGCAGUUUAAGGUGUUAGGUUACAGCUUCUUCCUCUAUUUGCAUCGCUCGAGAUAGCAAUUUUGCCUUGGUCAAGGGCUCUUAACAUUAAUCCAAGCUCUGUGCUCGUUUAUGAAUCCUUAAUAUAUAUGUAUCAACGAUGUUUCAUUUGAGAAUUGAGAUCAUAUGCAUGACCGUGGGCUAAC